UGGCUGUUCGUGUGACAUUAUUAUUAUUAUUUACAUAGGGCCCAGACUUGCUCUUUUUUAUUGCCUGCAGCGCGAUGUUUGUUCAGACUGGGCAUUGUGAAGUGUAAUCCCAGGUCCCACUGGCACCAGCACUCACUUCUGCCUUUUCUAGAAGCAGAUCAGUCCAUAAUGCCUGAGGUGCGAGACCUCGCAGAUGCCUUGCCCGAGUCGCUGAUGGAUCCCAUCACGGGUGUUGGUGUGGUUGCGUCCCGGAACCGAGCACCGACGGGUUACGAUGUAGUUGCACAAACAGCAGAUGGCUUGGAUGCUGACCUCUGGAAAGAUGGCUUAUUUAAAUCCAAGGUCACACGAUACCUGUGCUUCACGAGAUCAUUUUCAAAAGAGAAUAGCCAUUUGGGCAACGUCUUGGUUGAUAUGAAGCUCAUUGACAUCAAGGACACUUUACCCGUGGGCUUCAUCCCCAUCCAGGAGACCAUUGAUACUCAAGAAAUAGCUUUCAGAAAGAAGAGGCUGUGCAUUAAAUUCAUCCCUCGAGAUUCUACAGAGGCAGCGAUCUGUGAUAUCCGAAUCCUGGGCAGAUCUAAACAAGCCCCUCCUCAGUACACGUUCAUAGGGGAGCUGAACAGCAUGGGCAUUUGGUACCGGAUGGGCAGAGUUCCACGCAACCACGAGUCUUCACAGCCUGUGACGCCUCCUUCCCAAGCACCGUCUUCGACACCAGCUCCUAACCUGCCGAGGUGA